AGAAAGAAGAUCGAAUCCCUAGGCAGGAUGACGGCGAUGACGCAGGAGGAAAUGGUGGCCGGUGCGCGCACCGUCGCCGCAGGCCUCGAGGCGCUGCGAGCUGAGCAUGCACAGCUGCUGGCCGGGCUGGCUGCCAACACAGAACAUGAACACGAGAAGGCAGCCCUCGUGAGGAAGAGCAUUGAUGCUAUUGAACUCGGAUUGGGUGAAGCGCAGGUGAUGAUGGCGCUAGCCUCCCACUUACAAUCAGUGGAGGCUGAGAAGCAGAAGCUACGCACGCAGGUGCGACGGCUGUGCCAGGAGAACGCGUGGCUGCGGGACGAGCUGGCGGCCGCGCAGCAACACCUGCAGGCCUCCGAGCAACGCGUGGCGCAGCUCGAGGAGGAGAACAAACACCUCGACUUUAUGGCUUCCAUACGCAAGUACGACAGCGAUAUAACGGAGGAGUCGGACACGAACCGCAGCGGACAAAGUGAGAAGAAACGCGACGAUCCCAUGGUGGACCUGUUCCCUGACGACGACCAUGACGACAACAGGAAUAACAAAUCGAUGUCCCCGACGCCUCCGCUGCACUUUGCCCAGCAAGUGAACGCGGGCUACGAGAUCCCGGCGCGCCUGCGCACUCUGCACAACUUGGUGAUACAGUACGCGUCGCAGGGCCGGUACGAGGUCGCCGUGCCGCUCUGUAAGCAGGCCCUGGAAGACCUGGAGAAGACCUCCGGACACGAUCACCCUGAUGUCGCUACUAUGCUCAAUAUACUCGCUCUUGUAUACAGAGACCAGAACAAGUACAAGGAGGCGGCCAACUUGCUGAACGAUGCUCUGUCUAUCCGCGAGAAGACGCUCGGAGAGAACCAUCCCGCCGUCGCCGCCACGCUCAACAACCUCGCCGUGCUCUACGGCAAGCGAGGCAAGUACCGCGAGGCCGAGCCGCUGUGCAAGCGCGCGCUGUGUAUCCGCGAGGCCGUGCUGGGCCGGGACCACCCUGACGUCGCCAAGCAACUCAACAACCUCGCGCUGCUCUGUCAGAACCAGAAUAAAUACGAGGAGGUGGAGCAGUACUACCAGCGCGCUCUGGAGAUCUACGAGAGCAAACUCGGACCCGACGACCCCAACGUAGCCAAGACUAAGAACAAUCUCGCCUCUUGCUAUCUCAAACAGGGCAAGUACAAGGAAGCAGAAACGUUAUACAAACAGGUGCUGACCCGGGCACACGAGCGGGAAUUCGGAACUAUCGACGGCGACAACAAGCCCAUCUGGCAGGUGGCCGAGGAACGCGAGGAGAACAAACACUUGCAGAAGGAAAACGCUCCGUAUGGAGAAUAUGGAGGAUGGCACAAGGCUGCCAAGGUGGACUCCCCUACAGUGACAACGACGCUGAAGAACCUGGGCGCCCUCUACCGGCGCCAGGGCAAGUACGAAGCCGCUGAGACGCUCGAAGACUGCGCGCUCCGCAGCCGGAAGGAGCACGUACAGCAAGCUUUGGACAUCGUGAAGCAGUCGCGGGCUCGAGGCGGUCGGCACGGCAGCCGCGACGCCAUGGAGCCUCACCAAGACCACCACGACGAGGGCGCGAACCAAGCGAGCGAACCACGCAUGAACCUUAAGUCAAAGCUGUUCAAUGCGCUAGGCAUCAACACUGGGAGCAAUCCGCCGCACCAGUAG